AUGUCUUCUUGUUUUUUUUCCUCGCCAGCACCAUCAUCAUCCUACUCACCACCAGAGCCAGAACUAUCAGUUUCGUCAUCUUUUUAUUCACCACCAGAACAGUCAACAUUAACAUCAUCUUUUGAAAAUGUUUUGCAUAAUAUAUUCGGAUUAGAAAGGUUUAGAAGGAACCAGUUGGAAGCCAUUAACAAAACACUUAAUGGAAAAGACAUCUUUGUGCUGAUGCCAACUGGCAGAGGGAAAAGUAUAUGUUACCAGUUGCCCGCAAUGGUGGAAACUGGAAAAACAAAAGGGACAACGAUUGUAAUUUCCCCAUUGCUUUCGCUAAUUAUAGAUCAAGUUUAUAAUUUGAACAGGCAUGAUAUAUCGACCUUAUGUUUGUAUGGUGAACAAGAAGCUAAUCAAAGACAAAAUGUAUUUACUGAACUUGAAAAAUAUAUACCAAGUUGUAAAAUUUUUUAUUUAACUCCUGAGAUGUUAAAUAGAAGUACUGCAAUAAAAAGGUUGUACGAUAGACAACAAUUGGCAAGAUUCAACAUUGAUGAGGCUCAUUGUGUUAGUCAAUGGGGUCGUAAUUUUAGACCAGAUUAUAAAGAGUUGUGCAAUCUAAAAAAAAAUAUAACGAUAUACCUAUUAUCGCUUUAA